CUAUAAAAAAGAUCGAUUUUACAGGUAGAUAGAUACUAGCUGUCUUCUGUUAUUUUUGCAAAGGUAGAUCAUAGUAAUACCACAAUGACAUCAUCGCUCGUGUGUUUAAUAUUUACUUUUUUGGUUGUUCUAAUUGGUGCUGAUAAUAACGAAGACACAGCGGUUAUAAAUGCACCGUCUGGACCAAUCAAAGGACUAAGACUGAAUUAUCACAAAACAGGAGAACCGUUAUAUGAAUUCAGGGGAAUACCCUUCGCCAAACCACCAAUUGGUCCAUUGAGAUUCAAAAAAACAGAACCACUUGAAAAACGGAAAGAAGUUCAUGAUGGAACAAAAUUCGGAAACAUCUGUAUGCAGCCGGGUAUCGAUUUCAUACCUGAAAUUAGUAGACCAGCUAUGUCGGAAGAUUGUUUGGUAUUGAAUGUCUACGUUCCAAGAAAGUUACACGAACGUUUAUCAGUAAUGGUAUGGAUACACGGUGGCGGUUUUUGGAUUGGUUAUGGACACCAAUACGAUGGUGGAAAACUUGCAAUGGAAGGAAAUGUAAUUAUUGUAACGAUAAACUAUAGACUAGGUGCAUUUGGUCUUUUUGCUGUAGGUGAUUCUGCAGCAAGAGGUAACUAUGGUUUAUGGGAUCAAAAGAUGGCACUGCAAUGGGUACAUGAUAAUAUUGCAUCAUUUGGAGGUAAUCCUGAGUCUGUUACAGUAUUUGGCGAAUCCGCGGGAGGAUGUAGUGCAUCAUUUCAAUCACUUAUACCUUCGAAUAAAGGACUUUUUCAGCGAGUUAUUGCACAGAGUAGUGUUGUAUCUAGAUUUGUAGUGUUAAAAGAUAGCAGUGUUGAAAAAUUUGCAGCAGAAAUAGCUGAAAAAUCUUCCUGUCCAUUUGAUGAAAAGCAAAUAUUCGUUGACUGCUUAAGAGAGAAAACUGCUGAUGAAAUCCUUAAAUUAACCGACGUUUUUUCCUCAAUGCCAGCGGACAAGAUGAUGUUUGAAUCCCUUGGAAUGCCGGUCGUAGAUCGUGAAUUGUUUCUUGAACAUCCAAUUAAAAGUCUUGAAGACAAAUCAUCAGAUGUGUCACAGUUUUUCCGUUCUCUAGAUUUCAUGGCGGGGGCUACUUCUAACGAAGGAUCCACACUAUAUAUGAUGUUACCACCAAGCUUUCAAGAACACUAUGACUUUAAUGUUACUGAAGGUAUUCCAUUGAAAGCCGUUUGUGACGGAAUACUGUCACCCUUCGUGGAAUUGUUUUAUGCCAACAACUCAAAAGUCAAGGACACACUGUGUAAAUAUUAUUCCGCAGAGUCUGUUGUAGAUCAAUCUUUAAAAGCAACGGAUGCCUGGGCUGACAUUAUAUUUAACUUUGCUAUCAAUAAAAUGUUAGAAUAUCACUCUGGAGGUAACACAUAUCAAUAUGUGGUAUCCAAAUUAAGUCCAAAACCUUUCGGCGGGCUUCCUCCAUCAUGGUUCAAAGGUGUUGGUCAUGGUGAUGAAUUGCUUUACUUUUUCAAUAUUACACAGUUUCUUUCACUGGAUGAAGAAGAGAUACUGAAUGAUAAAGAUGAGGAUUUUGGAAAGAAACUGAUAAGUUAUUGGACAUCUUUUGCUAAGACUGGACUGCCAUACGCCGGUGAUGGAUCGGUACCAUGGAAACCAUUCGAUAUAGAAUACAAAAAUUAUCUGGAUUUAGACGAUGAGAUUACACAAAAACGUAACUUCAAACCUGAAAUAUUGGACCUCUGGUCAAACCAACUACCAGCUUCUGAUUUGGAAUCAGCGACUCCAGAUAACGGUCAACGUGAUGAAUUAUGAUUAUUUUAGUUUCAAUGAUAUUUAUCUAUUGUACUCAUUAUGUUUUAAUACUGAGAUAGCUUUAGAUGAUAAAACAUAUCUUUAAAAAGGCAUAAAGGACUACUUACAGGAUGUAUUUGAUCGAGCGGUCAUUUGUCUUUUAUAUAAAUAGGAAUAAUGUUGGACCCCCCACAAUCAAUACAAACUGAUCCUACUUAAAGUAUUUAAGUUCUUUAAGAGAAAAUAAAACCACAUGUGCAAUCUAGUUUUCAAUUAGAAGUUACUAUAUUGAACAUAACCAGCGAGAUUUAUUGUUACGCACGAUUGUCAAACGAAUGUUAUGAUAUGGUGAUACAUUAAGGAACGGUAUGGAAUGCAUAACUUAAAAGCAUUUGAAUAUAUAAGUUUAACUCCUAAAAAAAAAGAAUAAAAUCCAACCAAAACUUGUUAUCCAGAAUUUUGCAAUUUCAUAUGAUAUGGCUAAUUAUGUAAAGUGCAAAUGUCUCCGGAAAACUAGAAACAAUCAAAACAAACCGACAGUUAGAAAAAUACGACUAUAAUUCUAAGUCUUGCACUAAAAGUUUGAGCCUAAUGUAUUUACUGUCUUGAUAUUUUAAUAUUUGGAAUUUUAAAUGUUAAAACACAAAAUGUUAUAUAUCUAUUUCAUUUUUAGUAUUUUGUAAUCGUAAAAAGACAUGGCUUUCUUCAUUAAUUUACAAAAUCAAAUCAAAAGUUAGUAACUCUGAAAUCAACUAUUUCUCACUGAUUUCACAACAAUUUCCCAUCAUUACUUGAACAGGAUUUUCACAAGCAUACAGAAAAUCUGACAAACAAGCAAAACGUCUGUAUAACUGAAGAUGGAAAAAAUCCAUUUAAAAUAUAGUUUAUCAGCGAUGUAGGCUUUAUGAAAGUCCUUACAUAAGCGACUUUUUUUAACCAUGUCGCUGCACUAAAAGAACUAUUCGGCGAUUUGAACUGCAAAACUUCGUGUUUCAUACUGGAUUUAUAUCAUGUGCUUUGUGUUCCAUUUUAAUGACAUGCAUGGCGUGUCAUAUUUUGUUUAAAAUGUGCCUUGUGCAUUGACCUGUUUUGUCAUAGAACUGUACUUUUGUAUAAAUAUACUGUUGUAUUCAAA